AGGGGAGAGAAAGAGCGAGGGUCUGAGCGCACAUUGAUAGAAGCAGUGAUUGUGGAAUAAAGACGUCUUCGUAAUUUGAGCUCAUUUUUUCUUCGUAACAAAAUUCAAUCCAGUUACAAUCCAUGUUCGACAGUGGGACGUACAACUCGCCUCCUUUCAAAAACUUUCUAUCGCCUUGACUCGGCUUAUUCAUUGGAGUCGUUAAGAUUUGUACUGGACUAUCGGACUUUUAUUACAAAACCAGAAAAUCUGCCAAAGUUAACAACUCGGAAUAAAAACUGAUGUCGUUACAAAUCUAACAGCGUUUUCGCGUGUCGACACUUCAAAACUUUGCCAGAUCUCCAGGUAUGUCUGUAGAACAUAAUCCCAAUCUGGACAGGUAACCAGGUGUUUCACUGUUGCCAUGGCAACACAGAUGCUGGUGUUGUUGCCUAUUCUCCUCUCUGUCCUCCUUAUUUCCUGGACAGCGGCCCAGGACGUGGAUUGGCAUUUUGACUCGGCGAAAUGUCGUUACGCUCUCGGUAUGGAGGAUGGCACCAUACCCGACUCUGACAUCACCGCAUCCAGCGCCUGGUCCGACUCCACUGAAGCCAAACACGGCAGGUUGAGUACAGGAGAAGGUGAUGGAGCGUGGUGUCCAGCUGGUCCUGUGUUCCCCAGCGGUUCUGAAUACCUGCAGGUGGAUCUACACAAACUGUAUUUCCUGUCUCUGGUAGGGACGCAGGGUCGGCAUGCAGACGGCCUCGGGCGGGAGUUUGCGCGCAGUUACCGGCUUCGUUACUCUCGUGAUGGACGUAAUUGGAUUACUUGGAGAGAUCGCUGGGGGCAGGAGGUGGUGUCAGGGAACGAGAACACAUAUGAUGUGGUGCUGAAGGACCUGGGCCCGCCCAUUAUAGCACGCAUGGUGCGGUUCUUCCCGCUGGCGGAUCGUGUGAUGAGCGUGUGUUUAAGAGUUGAGCUCUAUGGUUGUGUCUGGGAAGAUGGACUGAAGUCAUACACCGCUCCUGUGGGUCAUGUGAUGAAUCUGUCUGGGUCACCUGUCAACCUUAAUGACUCUGUGUAUGAUGGCAGCAAAGAGGCAGGGAUGAUGUUUGGAGGAUUAGGCCAGCUGUGUGAUGGUGUUUUAGGUGGGAAUGAUUUCAUGGAGAGUAAAGAGUUGAGAGUGUGGCCAGGAUAUGAUUAUGUGGGCUGGAGUCAAGACGUCCUCGGGCAGCCGGCUGUUGACAUUGAAUUUCACUUUGAGAAAACACGGAUCUUUCACACUAUGCAGGUGCACAGCAGUAACAGAUACAUUCAGGGCGUGCGGGUGUUCAGUCGGGUGGAGUGUAAGUUUAAAGCAACUCUGUUGAGCCCGUGGGCAGAGCCUCCGCUCAUCCUUCACGUGCCCUUGGGAGACAUGAACGACCCGUCGGCCCGCACCAUCUCGCUGCCUCUCGGGGGACAACCGGCACAAAUUCUCAGCUGCCGGUUUGCUUUUGAAAGCCGUUGGCUCCUCAUUAGCGAGAUCAGCUUCUACUCUGUGCCGUUUGAGAGUGGAUCUCUUCCUUCUCCUACUGCCAGUAUUCGUCCUCUCAAUGUCACCCAUCCAGUCCUCUCGAACGCCACCGGCAGCUCAACGGAAUUCUUCAUGAACACUACCCUUCUGCUGCCCAGCAGCAUGCCAACAGAGUUUCCUACCAUCACUCUGAGGGCGGGGCUACCUGUGGCCAAAGAUGACAGCAGCAAUACAGCCAUCCUGAUUGGCUGCCUGGUUGGAAUUAUUCUGCUCCUAGUGGCUGUCAUAGUCGUCAUACUGUGGAGGCAAUACUGGAAGAAGCUGCUUGGCAAGGCACAGGGUAGUCUCUCCAGCGACGAGCUACGGGUUCAUCUUUCAGUUCCCUCGGACAACGUGGUGAUCAACAACACCAACACGCACACAUACUCCAGCCGCUAUCAGCGUAUACACACUUUCCCAGAUGACAGAGAGGGAGAGUACCAGGAGCCCAGCACUGUACUACGACCCCGAGAGCAGUGUGACAGCGCAGCACUGCUGUUAAACAACCCAGCCUAUCAUCUCCUCCUGUCUGACCUGACACAUGGCCCCAACAGGCUGACAAACUGCCACAGCCAGCAAGAAAAGCCCCAAAACCUGUCCCAGGCAUGUGCUAUUGACAUGGUUGAUAAAGGCCUGCCCAUUCAGGAGGGUCCGCCUCCUUACCCUGGAGCCCCGCCCCCUGGUCUAUCGGGUCUUCAUUAUGGGGAAGCAUCGGGUGGUGGGGGAAGUGUUCCUCACUAUGCGGAGGCUGACAUCAUCAGUCUACAAGGAGUUACUGGAAACAAUACGUAUGCAGUCCCUGCUCUCUCAGCCACUCCCACUGACUGCCCGCCACUGCCUGAGUUGCCACGGGAACGGCUUAUAUUCAAAGAAAAGUUGGGAGAAGGCCAAUUUGGCGAGGUACAUUUGUGCGAGAUUGAAAACCCACAGGACCUGUCAAACCUGGAGUUCCCAUUUAAUGUCAGGAAAGGGCGCCCUCUGCUGGUGGCUGUGAAGAUUCUGAGGCCAGAUGCCUCUAAAAAUGCCAGAAAUGACUUUCUAAAGGAGGUAAAGAUCUUAUCUCGCCUGAAGGAUUCAAACAUCAUCCGUCUGCUCGGUGUGUGCGUGAGCAGCGAUCCACUCUGUAUGGUCACAGAAUACAUGGAGAGCGGGGACCUCAAUCAAUACCUCUCCCAGAGAGCACUGCUGGACAAGACAGGACCUUCACAUGACACACCCACCGUCAGUUACCCAGCUUUGAUCUCCAUGGCGAGUCAGAUCGCAUCAGGGAUGAAGUUCUUAGCGUCCCUGAACUUCGUGCACCGGGACCUGGCCACGCGGAACUGCCUGGUGGGGGGAGAGAGAGGCGACGGGGAGGACCGAGGAGGGGAGCGUCAGAUAAAGAUAGCUGACUUCGGCAUGAGCAGGAACCUCUAUGCUGGCGAUUACUACAGGAUACAGGGCAGAGCUGUGCUGCCCAUUCGCUGGAUGGCAUGGGAGUGCAUUCUCAUGGGGAAGUUCACCACAGCCAGUGAUGUAUGGGCGUUUGGCGUGACGCUGUGGGAAAUGCUGAGCGUGUGUCAGGAGCAGCCGUACAGUCACAUGACCGACGAGCAAGUCAUUGACAACGCAGGGGAGUUCUUCAGAGACCAGGGGAGACAGGUGUACCUGGCUCGCCCGGCCGUGUGCCCGCAGGGUUUGUACGAGCUGAUGCUUAGCUGCUGGAACAGAGACUGUAAACUACGGCCUUCUUUUGCUUACAUUCACUCCUUCCUCACCGAGGACGCUAUGAACAUGGUGUAAAAAGAGAGAGAGAGGAGAGCUGACACAGAGGAUGGAUGAAAGAAUGUGUAUGUGGACCACAGACUGGUGGUGUGUUUUUACGCAGACACGGCUAAGCACUCUUAUGUAAAUUAGUGUAUGUUAUGUUUGUGGGUUGAGGCGAAAAAAACCGCAGGUACGGUGCCCCUAAAAGACCCACUUUUCACCUCCUGAAAAUCCUGAACUUUUAAAGCAACGUUUUAUCCCAUUAUUAUCAUGUUUCCACUUGCUGUGCCCCCACUGUUAGUUAUUGCACCAUCAUUCCACAUUAUUUGGUUUCACAGAGAUUUCUUGUGUGACUUUCUUUCUUCCGCAGAACACAAAAGAAGAUAUUUUGAAGAACGUUGUUAACUGGCCCCCACUCGCUUGAUUUGGUUUUGUGUCCAUACAGUAGAAGUGAAUGGAAGCCGGAGCUUUCUUUCAAAAUAUCUUCCGCGUUCUGCGGAAGAAAGUAAGUCAUAAAGGUUUGAAAUGGCAAGAAGGGGAGUAAAUGACGACAGAAUUUUCAUUUUUGGGUGAACUAUCCCUUUAAGCUUCAAAGUGAAACAUGGACGUUCUGAGGUCAUGUUUUUGGACAGAAAACAUAUUCAGUUGAUUUUGGGAUAAAAUGUUGCUUGUCAUCUGAACCUUAAAUUCUGAUUCUCUGAACUUACAGCUAAUGAAUCUGUUUCUUCAUUCCCUGAACACUGAAUAGAUUUCUAAACAUAAUCAUUGUAACUGGUGGAGGGUUUUGUAGCUAUAGGUGACAGGCAGCACAACAGUAGCUCUACAAACUAUCCAUUUACUCAAUUAAAUGGGCAAAAUGUUACAUGGUAUACAAUGACAGAAAUUGUGAUUUUUUUUACUUGCAUUUAAAAUAAUUACAGUGAAUACUAACAGUCUAACUUUGCUACCAUUUAUGGUGAUGGCCAGUUUUCAUGGCUUUGGUGGAGGGUUGUUUGCAUACUGGAAAUGAGCUCUUAUUAAAAUAAGAAAUACUCGCAUAUCGGUUUUUAAUCCGUGAUAUAAAAUUGUUGUUUUGAAUCAUUGCAAGAAUAGAAUAUCUUACAACAUGUCCUAACCAGACCUGAAGCUAACCAUCUGUACCCCAAGCAGUGUGAAAUGAUCCAGAAUUCAGUGUCACAGAACUGUACAUUUAUUUACAUUUAACUGAAUGUUGAAUGGGUGAAUGCACGUGUUGGAUUCAGUGUGAGCAGAUAUAUUGCUUGUGACUGGAAGCUCUAGGUUAGGACACACUGUUAUGAGGCAUCAUAACCAUUCUGACACUUUCAGAGUUAAUGCAGCCACUGUGGCAAACUGAGGACAUAUUUAAAGUGUGUGAACAGAGAAGAGGACUUCUAAGUGUACUGUAACUAUGUGCAAAUGUCUGACUGACUUACCUAUCACAUGGCUCUGUUUAGAUUGACAUUUGUGGCUCCACCCCUGUCUUGUCACCACACAAAUGGUCUCUUACUAGUAAUCAAGGUCAUCUGACUAACUAGGUGUAAAUGUAAUGGUUGGGUAGUCAUGACUAAAAUGAAGAUGACUGCAGAAAGUCAAGUAAUUUUGUGGACUGACUUGAACUAAACUUCAUGAGUAGAUCCUAAACUUGAAUACGAGAACAUUCUUGGUUCAACUGGAGUUUGGAUGCAGAUGUCUGAAUGCCAGAUAUCGUAUCUUUGGAUGUAUUUGAAAGGACUCGUAUUCUAAGCUUACAAAAGCAUAAGUAUGUAGAGAGAGAGAGCGAGAGAGAGAGAGAGAGAGAGGGAAAGCAACAUGUAAUGUUAUAUAUGUUAAAUAGUAAUCAAUGUCACCCAAUGCCCUUGAUUUACUAUGUAAACUCAUAUGGCACAUGCAGAGAAACUCUGAAGUGAUGCCUGGGUGCACAUCUUAAAGUUACAGUACAUCAUUUCUACAUCUUAAAGUUACAGUACAUCAUUUCUGCAACUGGCUGGUUGUUGGUGUUAAAACAGUAAGUGUUAUGAGUUACAAGUUAUUGAGGGUAUCGUGCCUCUGUGUAAAUAUUGUCCAUGCACUUUCAAACCUCAAGAAUUCUGAAAGACUCGGUGGUGUUGUACCUUUAAAACAGUUUAUAGAGACUGGUGUGUGAAGUCUCAGUAAAAAGGUGGGUGUGUAGGAGGUUGAGAAGCCACAUAAGUAAGCCCUAUAUUUACUGUAAAGUACUCGAGAAUGUGAUUCACAAAUGGUUAUGUUAAUAUGCCGACUAUGCUUACUGAAUGACCUUGAACCUUCUUUGGUACACUGAAGCCCUAAACUAAACUUUAUAUUUUUAUAAACAUAGCAUCCGGUGUGUUCUGUCCUCAGCUAUGUGGCCUAUUCGUGUUUCUUAAAAAAUGUAAAUAAUUCAUGGGACAUAAUUUUCUUCAUUAGUAUUUGGUAUCUGUUGUUAAUCGGGUUUGUCUGUCUCUGUAUUAGACUUUCUGCUUGUGUUAGUCAAUGCCUGUCUUGUCUAUUUUUGUAGGCAUUUUAAUAAAUCUUUUCAAAUAAUAUUAAAAUCAGGUGCUUGUUUUUCGAUUUGCACAAAUGUAUGGAUGCUGUGAAAUGAUCUACUAAAGAUGAACAAAUCAAAUUGUGUUUGAGUGCAAACACUGCACACAUAUAAGACAAGUUAUUGAUUACAGCACAGACAGUAGUUUAUUGUUUGUUAAAUAUAACAUACAAUCAUAUGUAUGUGUCUCCGACUGGAUAUAUAAUCAAUGGUUUAAAGGUGGAAACAUCUAUACCUCCGUUGAACAUUAAGGCAAAUGUUUAGUAAGGAGCUUUCAUGCAUAGAAACAAACAGACAAGCACUACAUUCUAAUGAAAACAAAUAUCAUAAAAGAUUUUACAUUUUGAAAACCAUUAAUAUCAGAAAGUAUCUGAUGGUACAUCACAGUGAUAUCACUGAAACACAACACAGCUUGAAUU